GUCUCUCAUCGUCGACGAUGAGCUACCCUCCCAGAAUGCCUCCUCCGCCUCCAGGCAUGAGAGUGCCGCCUCCGCCGGGUAUGCAUGGCAUGCCUCCUCCGCCGCCAGGAAUGGUGCCUCCAGGUUUUGGUGAGCCCUCGAGCUCUCGUAUGCCUCCAGAGGUUCUCGCACAAAAAUCCCAGAAGUGGAUCCAGAUGCAGAAGAAGCGGUAUGGAGAGAAGCGCAAAGGAGGAUUCGUGGAUAUGGGCAAGCAGGAUUUGCCUCCUGAGCAUGUCCGCAAAAUCAUCAAGGACCACGGUGACAUGAGCAACCGCAAAUUUCGCAACGACAAGCGUGUUCAUCUCGGUGCCCUCAAGUACGUCCCUCAUGCGGUCAUGAAGCUUUUGGAGAACAUCCCUUACCCAUGGGAGCAAGUCCGCGAGGUGCCAGUGCUCUAUCACAUCACGGGAGCCAUUACGUUCGUCAACGAGAUCCCCCGUGUCAUCGAGCCCGUGUACCAUGCGCAGUGGAGUAGUAUGUGGCUCGCUAUGCGCAGAGAGAAGCGAGACCGUAGGCACUUCAAACGCAUGCGCUUCCCGCCUUUCGACGAUGAGGAGCCUCCUCUCGACUACGGUGACAACGUUUUGGAUGUCGAGCCUCUUGAAGCCAUUCAGCUUGAGCUUGACGAGGAGGAAGACGCUGCCAUCUACGACUGGUUCUACGACCCGAAGCCACUGGUCGACACAACCCACGUCAAUGGCCCGUCGUAUCGGUAUUGGAACCUCACGUUGCCCAUUAUGGCCAACCUGUAUCGUCUAGGUAGGACCCUCCUCUCCGAUCACACGGACAGCAACGCUUCCUAUCUCUUCGACAAGAAGUCGUUCUUCACAGCAAAGGCGCUGAAUAUGGCGAUUCCUGGUGGUCCCAAGUUUGAGCCCUUGUACCGUGACAUGGACACAUUCGACGAGGAUUGGAAUGAGUUCAACGACAUCAACAAGGUCAUCAUUCGUCAACAAAUCAGGACGGAGUAUCGUGUCGCUUUCCCUCAUCUCUACAACUCACUCCCUCGUUCCGUUCACAUCGCCCCUUACCACACGCCGAAGAAUGUGUACAUUCGCACUGACGAUCCCGACCUACCCGCAUUCUACUUUGAUCCCCUCAUUAACCCUAUCUCGCUGCGCGGCUUCACUUCCCAGAAUGGGCCUCUCGUGUCUCAUGAGGAUGCUAUCUUUGGUCCCAACGGUACCGACGAUGACGACUUUGAAUUACCCGAAGAACUCGAGCCGUUCUUGGAUGGCCGCCCUCUCGAGAACGACAUGACUGCUGACGCUAUCGCUCUCUGGUGGGCUCCCGACCCCUACAAUCGUCGCUCUGGUCGGAUGCGCCGCGCUCAGGACAUCCCGCUGGUGAAGAACUGGUACCUUGAGCACUGUCCACCGGGUCAGCCGGUGAAGGUCCGCGUAUCGUACCAGAAGCUCCUGAAGUGUUAUGUGCUCAAUGAGCUCCACACGCGCCCGGAGAAGGCGAUGAACUUGUUCCGCCAGCUCAAGGCAACGAAGUUCUUCCAGACGACUCGUCUUGAUUGGGUAGAGGCUGGUCUGCAGGUCUGCCGUCAGGGUUACAACAUGUUGAACCUCCUCAUCCAUCGGAAGAACUUGAACUACCUUCACUUGGACUACAACAUGAACCUGAAGCCCGUGAAGACGCUGACGACGAAGGAACGUAAGAAGUCGCGAUUCGGAAACGCCUUCCACUUGUGCCGCGAGAUCCUUCGCCUGACGAAGCUCGUCGUCGAUGCCCACGUUCAGUUCCGUCUCGGUAAUGUCGACGCCUUCCAGCUCGCCGAUGCGCUUCAGUACAUCUUCGCCCACAUUGGUGCCCUGACCGGUAUGUACCGGUACAAGUAUAAGUUGAUGAGGCAGGUGCGCAUGACGAAGGACCUCAAGCACUUGAUCUACUACCGCUUCAACACCGGUCCAGUGGGUAAGGGUCCUGGUUGUGGUUUCUGGGCACCGGGCUGGCGCGUGUGGCUGUUCUUCAUGCGCGGCAUUGUCCCCUUGCUUGAGAGAUGGCUUGGCAAUCUGCUUGCUCGUCAAUUCGAAGGUCGCAACAGCAAGGGUAUCGCUAAGACGGUGACUAAGCAGCGCGUAGAGUCUCACUACGAUCUCGAGCUCCGCGCUGCCGUUAUGCACGACAUCCUCGACAUGAUGCCGGAGUCGAUCAAGCAGAACAAGGCCAAGACUAUCCUCCAGCACUUGUCUGAGGCGUGGCGUUGCUGGAAGGCGAACAUUCCUUGGAAGGUCCCUGGCAUGCCCACCGCGAUCGAGAACAUCAUCCUUCGUUACAUCAAGAGCAAGGCCGAUUGGUGGACGUCCGUAGCGCACUACAACCGUGAGCGUAUCCGGCGUGGUGCGACCGUUGACAAGGCUGUCGUCAAGAAGAACCUCGGUCGUCUCACUCGUCUAUAUCUCAAGGCCGAGCAGGAGCGCCAGCACGGCUAUCUCAAGGAUGGUCCGUACAUUAGCGCCGAGGAAGCCGUUGCGAUCUAUACGGCGACUGUCCACUGGCUUGAGAGUCGCAAGUUCUCGCCAAUUCCCUUCCCACCGCUCAAUUACAAGCACGACACGAAGCUUCUGGUGCUCGCGCUUGAGAAGCUCAAGGAGGCGUACUCGGUCAAGGGACGGCUGAACCAGUCGCAACGUGAGGAGCUGGCGCUUAUUGAGCAGGCGUACGACAACCCACACGAAUGUUUGUCGCGCAUCAAACGGCUGCUGCUCACGCAGCGAGCGUUUAAGGAAGCGGGUAUCGAAUUCUUCGACACCUACGACAAGCUGAUUCCGUGCUAUGACAUCGAGCCUGUGGAGAAGAUUACCGACGCUUAUCUCGACCAGUUCCUCUUCUUCGAGGCGGACAAGCGAGGUCUCUUCCCUGCUUGGAUCAAGCCCGCUGACACCGAGCCCCCUCCGCUUCUCGUCUACAAGUGGUGCCAGGGAAUCAACAACUUGACGGACAUUUGGGAGACGAGCGAGGGCGAGUGCAAUGUCAUGAUGGAGACUGUCCUUUCCAAGGUCUAUGAGAAGAUUGACCUGACGCUGCUCAAUCGUCUCCUCCGGCUCAUUCUGGACCACAACCUGGCGGACUAUAUUACGGCGAAGAACAACACCGUGCUCACGUACAAGGACAUGGCCCAUACGAAUGCUUAUGGUCUCAUCCGUGGUCUGCAGUUCUCAGCCUUCGUCUUCCAGUACUACGGUCUAGUCCUCGACUUGCUUAUCCUCGGCCUGCAGCGUGCAAGCGAAAUGGCUGGGCCUCCGCAGAUGCCCAACAACUUCUUGCAGUACCGCGACUCGGCGACGGAGACGCGCCACCCCAUCCGACUCUAUUCCCGCUACGUCGACAGGAUCCACAUCCUAUUCCGCUUCACUGCGGAAGAGUCCCGCGAUCUCAUCCAGCGGUAUCUCAGUGCGAACCCCGACCCAACGAAUAACAACGUGAUCGGGUACAACAACAAGCGCUGCUGGCCGCGCGACUGUCGUAUGCGUCUCAUCAAGCACGACGUCAACCUUGGCCGUGCAGUGUUCUGGAACGUCAAGCAGAGUCUGCCUCGGUCGCUCACGACGAUCGAGUGGGAAGACACUUUCGUCUCCGUCUAUUCGAAAGACAACCCGCAGCUUCUGUUCUCUAUGUGCGGCUUCGAGGUUCGCAUUCUGCCGAAGAUCCGGACGCUCAGCGGCGAGCAGUUCUCUCUCAAGGACGCGGUGUGGAACCUUACGAACGAGCAGACCAAGGAGCGUACGGCCCAGGCGUUCCUCCGUGUAUCGGACGAGGGUGUCCAGCAGUUCAACAAUCGUAUCCGUCAGGUGCUCAUGAGCUCCGGUUCGACGACGUUCUCCAAAAUCGUCAACAAGUGGAACACGGCGCUGAUAGGACUGAUGACUUACUAUCGUGAGGCCGUCAUCCACACGAACGAGCUCCUCGACGCGCUCGUCAAGGCAGAGAAUAAGAUCCAGACGCGUGUCAAAAUCGGCCUUAACUCGAAGAUGCCGUCGCGUUUCCCACCGGUCGUGUUCUACACGCCGAAGGAGCUGGGUGGUCUCGGUAUGCUUUCGAUGGGUCACGUCCUCAUCCCCCAGAGCGAUCUGCGGUGGUCGAAGCAGACGGACGUUGGCGUCACACAUUUCCGUGCUGGUAUGUCUCACGAGGAGGACCAACUCAUCCCGAACUUGUACCGCUAUCUUCAGCCAUGGGAAGCCGAGUUCAUGGAUUCGGCGCGUGUAUGGUCGGAGUACUCGAUGAAGCGCAAGGAGGCGAACGCACAGAACCGUCGUCUCACCCUCGAGGAUCUGGAAGACAGCUGGGAUCGUGGUAUCCCACGCAUCAACACGCUUUUCCAGAAGGACCGUCACACGCUUGCUUAUGACCGUGGUUGGCGCGUGCGCACAGAUUGGAAACAGUACCAGCUGCUCAAGCACAACCCCUUCUGGUGGACGUCCCAGCGUCAUGACGGCAAGCUGUGGCAGCUCAACAACUAUCGUGUCGACGUCAUCGCCGCUCUCGGGGGUGUCGAGGGUAUCCUAGAGCACACCCUCUUCAAGGGCACAUACUUCCCUACCUGGGAGGGUUUGUUCUGGGAGAAGGCGUCCGGAUUCGAGGAGUCGAUGCGGUACAAGAAGCUUACGAAUGCGCAGCGUUCCGGUCUUAACCAGAUUCCGAACCGUCGGUUCACGCUCUGGUGGAGUCCAACCAUCAAUCGCGCAAACGUCUAUGUCGGUUUCCAGGUACAGCUGGAUUUGACGGGUAUCUUCAUGCACGGCAAGAUCCCAACCCUCAAGAUCAGUUUGAUACAGAUUUUCCGUGCGCAUCUGUGGCAGAAGAUCCACGAGAGUGUCGUCAUGGACUUGUGCCAAGUCUUUGACCAAGAGCUAGAGCCUUUACAGAUUGAGACGGUGCAGAAGGAGACUAUUCACCCGCGUAAGAGUUACAAGAUGAAUUCGUCAUGCGCGGAUAUCCUCCUAUUCUCGGCAUACAAGUGGAACAUCGCCCGCCCAUCGCUCGUCACUGAUACCAAGGACGUGCUGGACGGUACUACGAGCAACAAGUUUUGGAUUGACGUCCAGCUGCGUUGGGGUGACUUCGAUACCCACGAUAUCGAGCGGUACACUCGUGCGAAGUUCUUGGAUUACAUCUCGGACUCGAUGAGUAUCUACCCCUCUCCGACAGGUGUCAUGAUCGGCAUGGAUCUCGCCUACAACUUAUGGUCGGCAUACGGUAACUGGUUCCCUGGUCUCAAGCCUCUUAUCCAGCAGGCGAUGGCCAAAAUCAUGAAGGCGAACCCGGCUUGCCACGUCCUUCGCGAGCGUAUCCGGAAGGGCCUGCAGCUCUACUCUUCGGAACCGACGGAACCGUAUCUGAACAGUCAGAACUACUCCGAGUUGUUCUCGAACCAGAUCAUAUGGUUCGUAGACGACACGAACGUCUAUCGUGUGACAAUUCACAAGACAUUCGAGGGUAACUUGACCACUAAGCCCAUCAAUGGAGCCAUCUUCAUCUUCAAUCCCCGCUCUGGGCAACUGUUCCUGAAGAUUAUCCACACAAGUGUCUGGGCCGGUCAGAAGCGUCUUGGACAGCUCGCAAAAUGGAAGACUGCCGAAGAAGUUGCCGCCUUGGUCCGGUCUCUGCCGGUCGAAGAACAGCCGAAACAAGUCAUCGUAACGCGGAAGGGCAUGUUGGACCCGCUCGAGGUUCACUUGCUCGACUUCCCGAACAUUGUCAUCAAAGGAAGCGAGCUUCAGCUGCCAUUCCAGGCCUGCAUGAAGAUGGAGAAGUUCGGUGACCUGAUCUUGCGUGCGACCCAGCCGCAGAUGGUGUUAUUCAACUUGUACGACGACUGGCUCAAGUCCAUCUCGAGUUACACGGCCUUCUCUCGUCUUAUCUUGCUCCUUCGUGGCCUGCACGUCAACAAUGAAAAGGCGAAGAUCAUCUUGCGCCCGGACAAGAACACUAUAACCGAGCCACACUUCGUCUGGCCGUCCUUGACGGAUGAGGAGUGGAUCAAGGUGGAAGUUGCGUUGAAAGAUCUGAUUCUAGCGGACUUCGGCAAGCGUAACAGCGUGAACAUAGCCUCGCUUACGGCCAGCGAGAUACGGGACAUCAUUCUUGGCCAGGAGAUUGCGGCACCUUCUGUACAGCGGCAGCAGAUGGCGGAGCUUGAGAAGAGUUCCGAGGCACAAAGCCAAGUUACCGCCGUGCAGACGCAGACGACCAAUGUGCAUGGUGAUGCCAUCCAGACUGUUACGACCACGAACUACGAACAGCAGGUGUUCAGUAGCAAAUCUGACUGGCGUGUCCGUGCCAUCUCCGCGACACACCUGCCUCUUCGCCUACAACACAUCUAUGUGUCAAACGACGAUGUCAAGGACGACGCCUCAUCAUACACCUACGUUCUCCCGAAGAACAUCUUGCGCGCAUUUAUCACAGCUGCGGAUCUCCGUACACAGGUUGCCGCCUACUUGUACGGUGUAUCACCGCCGGACAACAAACAGGUCAAGGAGGUCAAGGCGGUUGUAUGGGUUCCUCAACGUGGAAACAACAACAGUGUCGAACUGCCCUCCCAGUUGCCGCGCGACGACUUCCUCCUUAAGGAUCUCGAACCGCUGGGUUGGAUCAAGACGCAGGCCUUGGAGUUGCCGCACCUAUCACCGACGGACGUCACUACUCAGGCCAAGAUCAUGGCCGAGCACCCAGAAUGGAGCUCGUCUUCAAUCUGUAUCACGUGUGCAUUCACGCCGGGCUCAGUGUCGCUUUCGGCACACACAUUGACGGUAGCUGGGUUCGAGUGGGGCCGGAAGAACACCGACACAUCGCCCAACCCUCCCGGGUUCAAUCCCAACAUGUCGGAGCGGGUGCAGUUGCUGCUUUCGGAUCGAAUUCUUGGGAUGACCCUGGUGCCUGAAGGGCGCGUCUGGAAUUACGGCGUCGGGCUUACACAAGCGUGGUCGCCGAACAUGCACUUUUCGGUGCAGCUCGACACGCCGCUGCUGUUCUGGGCGGAGGAGCAUCGUCCGACUGCCUUCCUUUCGUUCGCGAACCUCGAGACUGGAGACGACAGUGCCGACGUUGAGAACGCGCUCGCAUAAAACUUACGCUUACGCUGUCUGGGAUUGCUUUGCUUUGUAUCGCAUGUAUUGUACUCGUAUUACCUCGUAUCAUGAAAUGUAAUGUCUCUUUGCAUCUU